GGAAACAUGUCAAGUUUAUAGUUUCUUUAUAGAGUUUCAGUUUAUAUUUAAAACUAUAUAUCACAAUAGAUAUCUGUAGUCAGCUUGUCACUGUAUGUUUGCGCUUGCUUAUGCUUUAGUACUCUCUUGUUUAGCGUUUGCAGCACCGCUAUUAAAUCACAACAGCAUUGACAGUUUGUUAAUAAUAUAAAAUGUCUGCGGUUCCUCUUCGAAUUCUCUGUAUUCACGGUUAUCGACAAAAUGGAAACUCUUUUAGGGAGAAGACUGGAGCUUUACGCAAAUUAUUGAAGAAGCAAGUGGAGUUGGUGUUUAUAAGUGCACCACACCAAGUCCCUGCCAUUCAGGAGGAAAACUGUGGAACCAAUCAGCAGCCAGGAAAGACGAUCAGUGUUGGAGAUGAGGAUCAGAGGGGCUGGUGGUUUUCUGAUGUCCAUGCGCAAAGUUUUAACGCCAGGCAGGAAUGUGAAAGCAGCCUGGGUCUGGAGGAGAGUAUCAAAGCUGUAAAAGCUGCACUGAAGGAUCUCGGCCCCUUCAGUGGCAUCCUGGGCUUCAGUCAAGGCGCCGCCCUGGUGGCCAUGCUGUGUGCAAUGCAAGAACAGAAACUAGAGCCAGAUUUUAAUUUCCACUUCGCCGUUCUGGUUGCCGGUUUCCGCAGCGCUUGUUCAGAACAUCAGCGUUUUUACGAAGGGCCAGCGAUGACAAUCCCAUCUCUCCAUGUGUUUGGACAGGACGAUCGUGUGAUUCCAGAGGAGAUGAGCCGAGACCUGCUGCCAGCUUUUGAUGGAGCUCAAGUCCUUCUUCAUCCGGGUGGACACUUUAUUCCAGCUGCGUCCUCGCACAGGCAGACGUAUCAAGACUUCCUCAAGAGAUUUCAGUGAAACAUUGACAAUAAUAAGUGAGUUAUAGCUACAUUGUAAAGUAACUUAGAGGAAGUUUUAUACUGUUCUCAGGGAAAUGGUUACUUGAAUAAAGACUGUCAACAAA